AAUUAAUGCAGCAGCUAGGAUUUCGAAGGCGUUAAAUGGGCUUUCUGGAGCAUUCCAUGGGUGGCUUUUGGCGUUAUUUUCACUGUGUAUAUUCAGCUUGACGCUGAAAGCUUCUUUUGCAUGAAACCUACAUGAUCUACGAGCGUUGCAUGGGAAUCGUUGUUGUUUUUCUUCAUAUAUCCUCUUGCCCCGCGUGCGGAUACCGCAACAAGUUGAUACUUAACAACCCAGGACUGCGGCGGCUCUCAGAAGGCAGUGCGAAGCAGGGGAACUUGAUGAAUCGCGACGGAUCUGGGCUAUUUCGGCACGGCAUGGGUAGGCUAGGUGGCAGCUGCCUCUACCUGACUGAUGUUUCCACACUCACCCUCCUCUCGCCACAUCCAUGACCAAAACAACUACCCCAAAAUGAUUAAGCGACAGAGGGAGUCACCUGGCGAGUGACUGCGUGCAGCAAGAGAGGAACCAAGCUGGAAGAACCACCAACGUUUGGCCAAGGCAGUUCAG